AUGUCCUCUGGUGGGGCAUUCAACAAUCCUAUCAUCCCGGGUUUCAACCCCGAUCCAUCCAUAUGUCGAGUAAACGAUGACUAUUUCCUGGUCACUUCAACCUUUGAGUACUGGCCCGGCAUUCCGAUCUAUCAGAGCAAAGAUCUGUUGCAAUGGAAACUCAUCGGCCAUGUCAUCACAAGACACUCGCAAUUGAACAUGCGAACUACUGAACCUUCUGGUGGGCUCUGGGCACCAACAAUACGUUAUAACAAAGGUCGUUUCUAUGUAUCUGUCGGAUGUACGCAUCGAUUCCGGCCGAAAGAAUGGGACAUUGUGAUCCCACGUGGCUUCUACGUCUCUACUACAGAUAUUUGGAAGUCUAGUUCUUGGUCUGAUCCAAUAUUCUUCGAUGUCCCCGGCAUUGAUCAGGACCUCUUCUUUGAUGAUGAUGACAAAGUUUAUUUUUCUGCCGUCAACAUGAUCACUGAUCCCAGAGUCAAGAAACAUGGUCUUGGACUGGCAUCUUUCACUUCGGAGAUUGACCUAGCUACAGGUCGGUGCUUAGGGCCUGUGAAAUACAAUCGGAUCUCACCUUUCAGCAUCGGUAUUGCCGAAGGCCCUCACAUCUUCAAAAAAGAUGGGUACUACUAUUUGAGCACAGCGGAAGGCGGCACCGAUGAGGGCCACCAACAGUGGAUCUGUCGCAGUACCACAGGCCCCUUCGGGCCAUGGGAAGUUGGUCCAGAAGGAACCGUUAACCCAGUCAUCUUCAACAACGAAGAUGCUUCAAUCCGCAAUACUGGGCAUCUUGAUUUCAUUGAUGCUCCUAAUGGAAAAUGGUGGGCCGUGUUCUUGGGUGUUCGACCCCAAGGAAUGAAGUCCGAGCUCAUCUCACAACUUGGACGGGAAACAUUCAUGGCUCCCGUGGAGUGGAUUGAUGGGUGGCCGAUUGUCAACGGCCGGCAGAAAAUCAGUCUCCAGAUACAGGCGGAGGGUAUGAAUCUUCUUCCACAGCCGCAGAUUUGGAGAGAUGACUUCGAUGGUCCCACAAUGCAGCUUGGUUGGUACCGUUUACGAACGCCGCUGAAGGAUGAUUAUUCAUUAUCCGAACGACCGGGGUGCUUGAGCAUCUAUGGCAAUGCAUAUCGCAUGGACCAGUCCGAGUGCCCGUCCAUGCUACUGCAAAAGCAGACUGGGUUUUCGGGUGACUGGUCGACCAAAGUGGACUUCGCACCAACAGAAGCUGGUAAUGAGGCCGGAGCGGCCAUCUGGUGGUCGCAAUUUGCGUACGCUUCGAUUGGAAUUCGCAAGCCGUGGGAUGACACACAAGAAGGUCUGGAGGUUGUGUCUCGUUGUUAUGAUGAUACGAGCGGUGAAUUCAAGGUACUUUAUCCUAAUCGAUCAAUCAGCCAUGGGACUUCUUCUCUUGAACUCACCAUCCGUGCACAUCCCACACGAUACGAACUCUUUUUCUCCUCCUCCGAGACCAAUCAAUCAAAAUUGAUCAAAUUGGGUGAAAUUUCCAGCGCAUCGUUGACUCAUCGCCGAUCUGGAAAAGAAUCACCCAACACUGGGGCUCAUUUUGCGAUUUACGCGCAGGGUGCCUAUGACAAACCGUGUUUCCAACCGGCGCAUUUCGAGUUUGCGCAGUGGAAGGUUGCUUCUUAA